GAUGGUAGCUACCAGGUUCUUACCAAACUCUCCUUCUCCCCCCUUCCCCUCUGCUUCAAUUAAUGUGCGAUUGCUCUUCCUUUCUGGCAACUACCUCCUUAAUUCUCUCACGCCCUUCGAAUGCUACUUCUUCCUUACUCACCUCGCCUUCUCUCGUCUCUCACUCUCUCCUUCCCUUUCUUCUUCUCGUCUUUUGGUUUCUUGAAUGUUUAAUCAAAUUCUUUGCCAAUACCAAAUUACAGCCCUUGCCUCUUUAUUCCGUGAUGGCGCCGGCCUUUGUCCACCGCGAUCGCAACGCGGUCUGCGUCAUGGACGCUUCAUCCCGCCUCGGCGUCUCCCUCGUCAUCAGACUCCUGCAGAGAGGUUACACAGUUCACGCCGCCGGUUACAGCCGUGGCAAACAUAGAGCGACCUUGGAGAGGCUAUCGGCCGAGAACCGGCGGCUUCGCCUCUUCGAUGCCGACCCCUUCGAUUACCACAGCAUCGUCGACGCCGUCCGCGGCUGCUCAGGGCUCUUCUACGCCUUCGACCCACCUCAGGAAGAGCCGUAUGAUGAUUUGGUGGUGGACGUGGAGGUGAGAGCUGCACACAACGCGGUGGAAGCAUGUGCUCAGGUGGAAACCAUGGAGCGGGUGGUUUUCACCUCCUCGGUGACCGCCGUGGUUUGGCAAGAACACCGGGAGCUGGCCGUGGAAUUCGACGAGAGAGAAUGGAGUGAACCUUCCUUCUGCAGAAAAAACAAACUUUGGCACGCGGUGGCGAAGACGCUGGCGGAGAAGACAGCCUGGGCGUUGGCGAUGGACAGAGGCGUGGACAUGAUCUCCAUCAACGCCGGGCUGGUGAUGGUGCCGGAGCUCUCCGCGAACAGCUCUUACUUGAAAGGCGCGAUGGAGAUGUACCACGCCGGCGUCCUCGUCACGGUGGACGUUGACUUCCUCGUCGACGCCCACGUGGCUGUGUACGAGAGCGCAGAGGCUUACGGGCGCUACCUCUGCUUCAACAAUGUGAUUCGCCGGCCACCCGACGCCACCAAACUAGCCGAGAUGCUCUCCCCUGACGUUGUUCACCCCCCUGCAUGCUACGAGUUGAAGGUAGAAGAGCAGCAUAUCCAGAACAAGAAGCUAAACAAAGUGUUGAUGGACUUCGAUCCAGGGAGACAAGUGGAUGAGCAGGAGCUGAACAGGUUAACGAUGGAUUAAAUUUACUCUGCAACAGUGAAGUCGGUUUAGCAGAUGGGUAUACUGUGGAAUUACAUUGUCAAAUUUCUGUCGCCAAUGAAGUAUUUGUCUCAAGCCGAUUUAAAUUGUUGGAGCAAAAGAAGUUUCGAUAAUUAAUUGGUCGAAUAAAAUUACAGAUGAGUUAUUUUAUGAGUGUAUUGUUAUAAAUUAUUUUUUUUCUAGAGUAUAAGGAAUUAAUAUUGAAGAUUGUCUGAGCAA